GCAACUGAUCUGUUUGUUUCGGAGAUGAAAUCACUGGAUGUUCACAAAUUUGCCGUUAUCUGAUCUAAAAAUUCCUCCUUUUUUGGUGUGUCCGUUUCUUCUUCGUCGAUAGAUUAUUUUCACGGUUCUGUUCUAUGGCUCGAUGAUAUUGCAGCCAAGGUCUCGUGGACGCCGUUUGAUCAUCUGACGGCGGGAUAUGGCUCAGUUGUUGCAGCAUCAGGACUCCAAUGCGUUAUGCGACAAGAAUCACACGGGUUGCGUGUGGAGCGUACUUCAAUAUUUCGACUACCAUCAGCGUCUUCACGCGAACAAGUCCCCGGAAGACACGAAUUAUGGCGACGCGGAACAUGCUGGGAGUACAGAGUAUUCAAGACUGUAUGUUCCUUCAAUUAGCAAUCAACACGACAAGUCAUACAGAGAAGCAAACUCAAGGGUUGUCAAAAGAAAUUCAGGCAAGGCUCUUAGAGAUUUAAUAUUAAAGAAGUUAUUCAGGAAACUGCAUCGUAAACAAAAAAUGCUUCCAGUAACACCACGCCUGCUGCGCACCUUUUCCAUUCAUCACCUGAAGUGCAAUGAUUAUGUUCUUCCAGAGGAAAUGUCUGCUGAAAGUGAAAUAGAAGUUUUAGAAACACAAGAGACUGAUUCUUUUCAAUCCAGCAAAGAAGCUCCUCUUAUGGCAAAAGACAUAAAAUGUCAAGUUUGUGGAUCAGUUGACAUUGUAAAAAAUGUCGGUCAGGACCAGCUUGUUGAGCUUGGAGAUCAUUUAACCGAGAACCAAACUAUACUAGUGGAAAAAUUACAUGCAGCAAGGGAAGCAUUCUUGAAGCAGAAGCAAUUAGUUGCCAAAGGGAUUGGAACAGAUGAUGCCCUUCAAUGUAAAGAUUGUACUACAAUGUUUGAGUUAUUUAAUGCUCAUAGAGAUUUGUUUUCAAAAAUUAUGGAAGAUCCAAAUUCUGUUCUGGAGAUUCAAUCACAGGGUCUCCAUCGAUCCGAUGCAAAUAAACUGUUAACCAAGGCUGGCUCAUUCCCAUUGUUGCGGUCACUAGGAAGAAGAAGAAAUGGUCAGUCAGCCCAAGUUAAGCAUAAUCAGAUAGCAGGAGUUCACUUUGUUAACGAAGAAGUGAAAUCACCAUUGGAAAAAAGAUCAGUUUCAAAAUCCAUGGACAAUGAUUUGCAGGCUGUGCCAUCUAGUGCUGGUAUUAAUGUAGAUAUGCUAAAAUCAGAAUCUGCAGUUCUAAAUGAUUAUGGGGUUGAUCCUGAUUCAGAAUUUGUACCCACUUCUCAUGAAAUGGAAAAUUGUACGGUUCAUGGAACUCAUUUAAAUAGUUUAGUAGAUAUAACUCAUGAGAACAGGAAUGAGAAUCAUCGGAUUUCAAUGGAUGGAUUCUUGCAUAAAAUCCCCUAUGGCCAGAAGGUGCCUGAGGAAGUCCUAACGAAAAAGUUGUUUCAAUCUGCCUCAGCUAGAUCUUUUAGGGAUGUCUCAAGUGAUACUUUUGGUUUUCCUCCUAAAGUGGAUCCACAUCAAAGUAUUAAAAGGUCCCGUUCUGUUGUGGAUUCCUCAGAUCGAUAUUCUAACUUUCUUAAUUAUAUUCCAGUUGGAGAAUCCAAAAGGCUGCCUGAGACCUUUAUCUCAGUAAAAAAGCAAUACAGCAGUGUGCCAGACAGGAAGACCCCAAGAACCUUUGGAAGAAUUCAUUCUAAUCCAGAAUUCAGAUCUUAUCAUCUAAGUCGAGAUAUCCAAAGUGGGCUAUUUCAUGCGUCUCUAUCACUAAAAGAAUCAUCGAUCAUUCGUCGGGAUGAUGAGACAGUUGACAUGUAUAGUCUUACUAAGCAAGAGUCAGUUGAGACCACUUUGCAUAUGAAGGGCAAGAUGGAAUCAUAUAAAUCUACAGAGCAGAUUUGUAAUUUAAAUGCUAGUGGGUCAACCGAGAAACUAUCUUUGGUGAAAAUCAGUGAAACUGAGCUGAGUGAAUCAUGCAAUGUUACAGAUUCAACAACGGAGUAUGGUGGCCAUGUUCAGCUGCCUCGGAAGGAUACUGGAGCUGCUGAAAGCCCAUUCUUAGACAGCAAGUUUCACCAGAUUGACGUAUCUGAACUUUUAGAUUCAAAACAAGCGGGGAAGGGUCAUGUUACAGGGCAUGAGCUUGCAAGGAUACCUAAAAUAGACCCCAGUGAUGAACCAACAAAACAAAACCAAAAUUCUGAUCUUGACUUGUGUUUUGAAGAGGAUAUUGACAGUUCAUCAAAAUAUGCAGUCUCAAAAGAUUCCACACUCAGGAGCCUCCAUUUUGAAGGGCUCAAUUCUUUGCCACAACCAGCCAACAGCUUGGAUGUUGAUAUCUCAGCCGGGGUUGAGCCUGUUGAAUCCAGCUCCAGUAAUGAGCAGCGAGAUGGUCUUACUAGUACUGAUGUUUCUCACAUCAGAGUGGAUCAGAAUGAUGAGGCUGAGUUCGAUUACAUCAGAAAUAUUUUAAUGGAACCUAGUUUUAGUGGUUCGGCAUGGUAUUCUCGCUACCAGUCAGUGGACCCUUUACUCUUUGGCGAAGAGGCAUGCACAUUUCAUGUAUUUGAAGCUGCAUCAUGUGAUUCUGACAAUACAUAUCUUGAUCAUCAUCUUCUUUCCGAUCUAGUAAACGAGGUCUUAUUCGAGAUCUAUGAAAAAUCUUUCACCCCUGGCAUGUUCUUACAUAUUGGUCCUCGUGUCAGGCCAAUUCCUGUGGGUUAUCACAUCCUUGAGGAGGUCUGGGCAAAAAUCAGUUGGCAUCUUAGUUCAAGAAGACAGCCGAUUCACACACUUGAAAAUGUCAUGGCAAGAGAUUUUGCCACAAGCAAUGGGUGGUUAAACCUCCAGCGGGAUGCCGAGUCUAUUGGAAUGGAGUUAGCGGGUCUUAUAUUGGAUGAUUUACUGGAUGAAUUAAUGCCCGAGCUUACUGUUGGCUGAAAUCUAUAUGCUGCAUCAACCUAGGCUUGUUGUUUGCAUGUACAUAUCAAAUUUUUUGCAUCUGUUGAUGUUGUGUAUUGCUUUUCAUACCAUCAUUCAUAUAUGUGUACAGAGUGAAAAUAUUUGUAGUAUGUUUGGAGUGGGGAAAAAGAAUAAAAUCCUUGUAUCAUAAGAUUUGCGAUUGCAGAUAUUGAUUGAACAUCUAUAAAUUAAUUGUGUAA